AUGUUAACAACUCACUCAAACCACCCAUUCCACUUAGUAGAUUACAGACCUUGACCAUUAACAGGAGCAAUUGGAGCAAUAGUUCUAGUAUCAGGAUUAGCAAAAUGAUUUCACCUAUUUAACAUUAACUUAUUUAUAAUUGGAUUUGGAAUUACACUUCUAACUAUAAUCCAAUGAUGACGAGAUGUAGUACGAGAAGGAACAUACCAAGGACUACAUACGGGAUUUGUAUCAAUUGGAUUACGAUGAGGAAUAAUUUUAUUUAUUGCAUCAGAAGUAUUAUUCUUUGUUUCAUUUUUUUGAGCAUUUUUUAGAAGAAGACUAGCACCUACUAUUGAAUUAGGAAUAUUAUGACCCCCAAUAGGAAUUCAACCUUUCAAUCCUAUACAAAUUCCAUUACUUAAUACAGCUAUUCUUUUAGCAUCAGGAGUAACAGUAACAUGAGCACAUCAUAGUCUAAUAGAAUCUAAUCAUACUCAAGCAUUACAAGGAUUAUUCUUCACAGUACUACUAGGACUAUACUUCACUAUACUUCAAGCAUAUGAAUAUUGAGAAGCACCCUUCACCAUUGCAGAUGCAGUCUAUGGAUCAACAUUCUUUGUUGCAACAGGAUUUCAUGGUCUACAUGUAAUUAUCGGAACAAUUUUCUUAUCAACAUGUCUACUUCGACAUUCAAUAAAUCAAUUCUCACCAAGACACCACUUUGGGUUUGAAGCAGCAGCAUGAUACUGACACUUUGUAGACGUAGUAUGAUUAUUCUUAUAUAUUUCUAUUUAUUGAUGAGGUAGAUAA